AUGGGGAGCGGCGGCUCGGCCGUCAAGGUCUGCGCCGAGCACCAAGGAGGCAUCAACUGGCUGAGCCUGAGCCCGGACGGGCAGCGCCUGCUCACGGGCAGCGAGGACGGCACGGCGCGCCUCUGGAGCACCGCCGACAGUCAGUGCCACGGCCACUUUCAAGGACAUGAAAGUUACAUCACCUUUUGCCACUUAGAAAAUGAGGCUGCCUUCACGUGUAGUGCAGAUCACACCAUUCGGAAGUGGGAUGUGAUGACAGGCCAGUGCCUGGCCAUUUACCGAGGGCACACAUCGAUUGUUAACAGGAUCCUGGUUGCCAAAGACUAUCUCUUUAGUGGCUCCUAUGACAGGACGGCCCGCUGUUGGAGCGUGGACAAGGAGAAACAAAUCCAGGAAUUCCGGGGCCAUCGGAACUGUGUCCUGACUCUAGCUCACUACUCCUCCAGGGAUGUUCUUGAGGAGGAGGAGGAGGAGGAGGAAGAGGAGGAGAAAGUGAGCAGAGACCUACUGGUGACAGGUAGCACAGACUGCACUGUUAAGGUCUGGUGGGUGUCUAGUGGGCGCUGUUACCAGACUCUGCUGGGACACACUGGAGCUGUCUUAUGCCUUAUGCUUGACGCACCAAACAGGGAGCUGUUUUCUGGCAGCACGGAUUACACGAUUCGAACGUGGAAUAUUGUCACUGGUGAGCAGCUGAAAGUGUUCAAAGAACAUCAAGGAUCAGUAAUUUGUCUAGAGCUAGUGAAUCGGCACUUGUAUUCAGGAAGCGCGGACAGGACAGUGAAGUGCUGGUUAGUAGACACUGGGGAGCGAAUCCAAACGUACAAGGCUCACAAACACAGCGUUAGCACUUUGAAAUACCACGCUGGGAUCUUGUUCACAGGAAGUGGUGAUGCCUGUGCGAGAGCUUUCAAUUCCAAGAGUGGCGUCCUGCAAAAGAUCUUCCGAGGACACAAAUUCAUCAUCAACUGCAUCCAGAUUCACAAUGAGUUGUUGUACACAGCUUCCCAUGAUGGCACACUAAGGAUUUGGGACAUCCGGGGAAUAUGCAAGAGAAAUAAGCGACGCUGGAAGAAGGAGAGGUCCGCCCAGGGCCGGAGCUCUCAAAAGGGAAGUCUGUCUCGACUUUUCAACAAUAAAGUCGGCUGUAUAGUACAGCAAGAAAAUGGGGAACAUGAGGCUGUUGAACUAAUGUGACUUGCCAGGACAGACUUUCCAUCGGUGACCAAAGCGGAAACUUUUGUUUCCUGUGCUACUGUGUACAAAUAAGCCAGAACUUGGAAAGAGAUAGGAAACAGCAUUGCCUGAACCUCUUUUCAGGAGCUGGGGUUCCCUGUGACCAUGAGAUGGACUCAAGUCAGACCGUUGCUCCUGAUGGCUCUUAGCUGAGCAGUACUGGGGUCAGGAGGGACUGCAGUGUGGUUCUGGUGAUGUCUGGAGAAGGGGGUUGUGUGUGUGUGUGUGUGUGUGUUCAAUAAGAAACCUAUUUAAGACUGUGGGUUUUUUUUGUUUUUUUGGUUUGUUUUUCCAAUUUCUUCUGGCACAGAUGUUUCACACUUCUGCCUGGCUAGUAUCUGAUGAGAGAUGUUUUCUGCUGUUCUUGUUGCCUCCUCACGUGCCUUCUGUUCAGCUGAAUGUAGAACUGAAAGCUGCCCUGCAGCAUGACUGUGAAUUCCAUAUUCACAGCUCACCUUUGGAUCAGUUUUUUGCUGAUCAGACCAACUCAUGCCGGAUGGUGUGGCUCCGCAGGAAGGCGUUCAAAGCAGACUGAACAACUCUCUGGGAAGUGGGGAGUAAUGUGACAGAAAUUAUAAUAAUUUUUUUUUUUUUAAUAAAACAUAAGCUGGAGGACAAUUUAAACCUCAGGCCUUCUGUAGCAAGGUUGACAAUUUGCCAAGGCACAGCAAGCUGGCCUCGUCCCAACAAACUAGCCAGUUCUCCUACCUUUUAAGAUCCCCCACUUCAGCAAAGGAAGCAUCAAUGGCUUCACAUAUAUCUUCCAUGCUGCCAGGGUGUGCCAGAAGUCAGAUCUGUUUGACCCAGGCAUGGUUCCCCUGAGAGGAGAGUGCUAGAGGGUUCCUCUGAAGGGCCUUGCCCCAGAUGAUGACAGGAAGUGGAAGCUGACCAGGAGGCACCAUGUCAGAUGAAAGAGGAGCAGUUGUGUCAAUUAAAGCCCCAGCAUGUGGCUGUAUGUGUGACCCAGCCUUGCCUGUCUGCCAGGCCUAGCUCAAUUUCUUCUGGGUAAUGAAACGGGAAUGAAUGUCCAGUUGUAGUUUGGUGACUCAAGACUAUUUAGAUCAGAAGACAGUCUUAGGAUCACAGGAAAAUUCAAGUUGGAAGGGACCUCAGCAAGUCUCUAGUCCAUCCCCUGCUCAAAGCAGCGUCAGCUAUGAGGUCAGAUUGGCUAAGCAGUCAUGUUCAAGGGUACUUCUCCCUGUCUUUUUCCAAGUUGUUCAUCCCUCGCUGAUAACCACUGAGCCAUGAAUAAACAAGGGUUCUUUUAUUUUUCUAUUAUUUGCAGAUACAGCUCUUUGUAGCAUCAGUGCAGAAUAGCUAACCACAUGUUUUUAUUUUUUAUGGCUUUAUUUAUUCUGUACUACAGCAAAU